AGCGGGACCACGUGACGCGGCCGCGCGGCCUGAGGUAAACAAGCGCGGCCCCGCCUCCCACCAUCGGCGCGCUGCACUCCUGCUCGCGGGCGGGCGGCGCUCGGCAGCGCGGGCCGCUUCUCCAACCGUCCCCAGCGGCCGGCGCGGGGCACAGCUGCGGCAGCGUCCUGCGCCCGAGUCCCCGGCCGAGCGCGCGCCCUCCGGUGCUGCCCUCUGGCCGCCCGCGCGCUGUGGCGCAGCAGGAAUUGGGUCGCGGCCCGGGCGCUAUUCGCGGCUCCUGACGCGGCGGCCCGCGGCGCUGAGCUCAGCGCUAUUCUCGGGCUCCCGGGGCACUGCGCCCGAGGGUGUGUCCCCGACCCGGGCUCGCAGCUAUAAGGGGCCGCGGGCGGCCUCAGCCAUGCAGCUCUACAGCAGCGUGUGCACCCACUACCCUGCGGGCACGCCGGGCCCCACGGCCGCCGCCCCGCCUGCCGCCGCCUCCACCUUCAAGGUCUCCUUGCAAUCAGCCGGCCCCGCCGCCGCCCCGGAGCCGGAUACCGGAGAGCGCCCACCCGCCGCGGCCACCGAGCCCCGCGAAGCCGCCGCCGCCGCCGCCGCCGCCAUGCCCGCCUUCUCUGCCUGCUUCGAGCGGUCCGGGACCGCCACCGCCGCCGCCGCCGCCGCCCCGCCCGGCGCGUGCUGCAAGCCGCCGCUGCCGCCGCACUUCACGUCCACGGCGCACAUCGCCGUGCGGGCCCUGGGCGCCGAGUGCCUCCUGCUGCCGCCGCCCGCGGCCCCCGCGCCGCCGCGCCGCGGUUCCUCCGCCUGGCUGCUGGAGGAGCUGCUCCGGCCCGACGAGCCCGCCGCCCCGAUCGCCGCCCGCGACGUGCCCGACAGGAACUUCCGACUGAGCGAGCACCGCCAGGCCCUGGCGGCCGCCCAGCACCGGGCCCCUGCACCGGUGUCCGGCAGCCCCGAGUCCGGCCCCGGCCCGUGGGGCGAGGAGCGCCGGGCGGAGCGGAGUCCCCGAGGUUGGGAUCGGGCGGGCGGUCGCAGCGACGCCUCCGGGACCGACGCGCCUCGACGGCACGACCCCGAGGCCGAGGCUACCCCGGUGCCCGCCGCGCUCUCCCGGAGCAGCGGCGGCGAGCCGGCCCAGGACGGCGCGGGCGAAGCGGCAGGCGCGCCCCGGGCCGAUCCGAGAGACGAGAAGCUCGCCCUGUACCUGGCGGAGGUGGAGAGGCAGGACAAGUACUUGAGGCAGAGGAACAAGUACCGCUUCCACAUCAUCCCCGACGGCAACUGCCUCUAUCGAGCCGUCAGCAAGACUGUGUACGGGGACCAGAGCCUGCACCGGGAGCUGAGGGAGCAGACUGUGCACUACAUCGCGGACCACCUCGACCACUUCAGCCCCCUGAUUGAGGGCGACGUGGGGGAGUUUAUUAUCGCUGCUGCCCAAGAUGGGGCGUGGGCCGGGUACCCCGAAUUGCUGGCCAUGGGGCAGAUGCUGAAUGUGAAUAUACACUUAACUACUGGAGGGAGACUGGAGAGCCCCACCGUGUCUACCAUGAUCCACUAUCUGGGCCCAGAGGAUUCUCUAAGGCCUAGUAUUUGGCUCAGUUGGCUCAGCAACGGACACUAUGAUGCUGUUUUUGACCACUCCUAUCCUAACCCAGAGUAUGACAGUUGGUGCAAGCAAACCCAAAUGCAGAGAAAACGCGAUGAAGAACUUGCCAAGUCCAUGGCCAUAUCCCUGUCCAAAAUGUAUAUCGAACAAAAUGCAUGCUCUUGAAAAAUCCGAGGACCUGACAAGCCGGGGAAAUGGAGUACACCAGUUGUGUUGGGAAAACCACACGAACUCUAAUUAGGGUAAUGGCACUUUUCAACUUCCUAGUAGAUUGGCUGUAGGUGUAAUGCCUUAAUCAGUUUUUAAAUGUUCUCUCAGAGCUGCAGGUUGCUGGGCACCUGAAUGAUGUUUCCUGAUAGGUUUGGGUGAGCCUGCUGCUAUUUAUAAUUUGCUGUAUAAAGUGAGCGCUACUUAAUUUGCAAGCUGAUGUCUCACGGUAUGAAUUUGUUCAUUCCCGGUAGUCUAUUUUCUAUAAAAAUGUAUUUUUGCACAUUUUUAAAAAUGGGUGUACUUUAAUCUAUGACGUGUUCCAAUUGCGAGAAAUGGCUUUAAGCAUAAUCCAGAGAAGUGCUUUCUAUGAAGUUUAUUUCAGUUUGUGAUUUAGUAGUUUACAUUGCUAAAAUAUUUCACAAUUCUUAAUUAUUUCAAAUGGAUAUUUUGACACAUUAUGUUACCAGAUGAUUAGCCCAUUCCACUUUGAUGAAACAAGCGGAUUUGUUGUUUGGGGGGAAAUGUUAUUUUUUUAGAACUAGUCCGCUUUGAAGACAGUUACGAAGGGAUCGCUUGGGGACGAUGUUUUUUUUCUUUAAAGGACAGUAAAGGCCUUACUUGAAUAGAAGUCUACUGUUGCUGUGGCAGAAUGAUGAUUCUGUACUCUGAUGUUUAGAGUGUCUGCUGCUCUCGAUUGUUUUCUUCUUAUUCAUCAACUUCUUAGGAAAGACGUUUAACAUGUAUGAAAUUUUGUGAGACGUUCAGUCUCCUGCAUUAUACAGCUUCUUAGUUUCAACUAAGAUUUAAAAAAAUGAGCCUAAGUAGCUGGGCCUGACAGAAUGGCCAUUAUUUUUAGCAGGAGGCUACUGUCUUAAUAUUCUGUCAUAUUGAAAUUCUUCCAAAAGGCAAAAUAGAAUUUAUCUUGUAUUAUGUAAAAAUGUAAAGAGCUUGUAUGGUUUGCUGGGUCAAACAGUGUUUCCAGCCAAAAAAAAAAAAGAAUCUAUGUGUUGCCACUUUUAACUACCUUUAGUGUAUUUAUUAAGUAAUGAAGUUUGUACUUUUUUAUUUUGUAACAUUUUGUGAUUGUUUUUGUACAAUAAUGUAUUUGUACAAUAUAGCAGUUCUCAGCUGAUGGAAUGAAUGAAUAAAAUGUAUACUUUUA